AUGACUCUCCCCAAAACCUACAAAGCCGCCGUGUUCGAAAAGGCUGACACACCCUUCGUCAUCAAAGACAUUGAGCUUAAAGAACCCAAAGCCAACGAGAUUCUCGUAAAAGUCAUUGCCUGCGGAGUCUGCCACUCAGACGCCGUCGUUCAAUCGGGCGGUUUUGGCAACGGAUUCCCCAUUAUCCCUGGCCACGAAGUUAUCGGUACGGUUGCUGCUUUGGGCCCCGGUGUUGAUAAAUGGAAAGUUGGUGAGCGAGUGGGAGGUCCGUGGCAUGGUGGUCAUGAUGGCACUUGUAAACAAUGUAAUCGUGGACAGUUCCAAAUGUGUGUCAACGGAGCUGUCAAUGGCGUUACUCGCGAUGGAGGAUUUGCCGAGUACGUACAUCUGAGAAGCGAGGCCGUGGUUCGGGUACCCGAGGACGUCGAUCCAUAUGAAUACGCCCCAGUACUAUGUGCAGGAAUCACUGUUUUCAACAGUAUGAGAAAGUUACAAAUCACACCCGGAGAAGUGGUUGCUAUUCAGGGAUUGGGUGGAUUAGGACAUUUGGCAGUGCAAUACGCGGCCAAAAUGGGUUUCAAGGUCGUGGCUAUUAGUGGUGGUGAUAAGAAGAGAGAUUUUGCUCAUAAAUUGGGUGCUCAUGAGUAUAUCGAUACAUCCAAGGAAGAUCCGGUCAAGAAGUUGACGGAGUUGGGUGGAGCCGCUUUGAUUGUUUGUACAGCUCCAAAUCCAAAAUCUAUUUCUCCUUUGACGGGUGGAUUGGGAGCGGGUGGAAAAUUGCUAAUUUUGGCUCCUUGUGGUGGUGUGGAGAUCAAUUCGGUGGAUCUCAUUAUGAAGAUGGCUUCGGUUUGUGGUUUCCCAUCUGGUCAUGCUUUGGAUAGUGAGGAGGCGAUUGAGUUUACAAAGUUGCAUGAUGUGCACUGCUUGGUUGAGAAGUUCCCAUUGAAGGAUGUUCAGACGGCGUAUGAUCAUAUGUUGUGUGGAGAUGUUAGGUUCAGAAGCGUUUUGGUCAUGGAUCAGUAA